UGUCAUGGAUCCUAACGCCUCAGGCCAGAGCAGCCAGCCCCCCUCCAGCUUCCAGUGGCUUUCCUUUGCUUACCAGGCGCUGACAGAGAUCCCAUAUGAAGCCAUCCUCCCACAGACAGACACCCUGGAGGUGCUGGACCUGAGCUUCAACCUGCUGGAUGAUGUGUAUUGGAACCCGGCUCUGCUGGGGCAGCUGGAGAAGCUGAGCACUCUGAUCCUGGACUGCAACAACUACACCUCCCACAUCAAGUUCCCCUUUAUGGCCAGCGUCACAACCGUGUGCAUCAACAAGAACAACAUCAACAACCUGCCCGUGUUCGUGGAGGAAAUCCGGAGGAAGUUCCCCAACAUCAAGAUCCUCAGCAUGAUGAACAACGAGGCAGCACCGAGCUAUUUCAAUGGAGGAAGUCUGAACCAGUACACAGACUACAGGCAGUAUGUGAUCAGUCAGCUGCCCGGCCUGGAGGUCCUGGACGACACCGAGGUCCUGGAGCAGGAGCGUGUCCAGGCCAGGAGGACGUACUGGCUGCAGCAGAGCCACAGCAGCCGGAGGAGGAAGGACGAGUCAAGGAAACACACACACAUGCUCAAAAAGUCAAAUACUGUCAUAUGACAUAGGAUAUCAUAUGUUUUUAUCAACCAUUUUAUGUUUGUUAUAUUACACAUUGUAUGUUUUGUAUCUGAUAGUUUCAACAAAUAUUUAAAGCUACAGGAUUUUUAUGCUGACGUAAAUA